AUGGAUUUUAUGUGUUGCUGUUGGAGGUUUUUGAGGUACUGUAGAAAAACUUUUUUUUUUUUUUUUUUAUUAUUACUUUUGCACUUCCUGCCGUUAUGUAUGAUUCAGCCGUGCGACGCGUGUGCCAGGCUGCCAGUGCCAAUGGACCUCCGUGUUCCGCUCUCAUACGUACUUGACGCGCCUCUUGCUCAGCGCCACGCAAUUCCACACCGCACGCUGUUUCUGGACGCCACACACCCGUUUAUUCAAUACCUGAAUUCAGAUGACACGCGUCUCCCACAACAUCCCACUUUGACGGUGGAGGCGCGGCCGGUGGACGAGUACGAGACGUACGUGGGGGAGGAUGACUGGCGAAGGGAGAAGGCUGUUGACUCCGACAACACUGACCCUGCGCCUCGGUUUGACGAUGUCGUUCAGUGGGUAUCAGAUACAUUGAACGAGAUUGGUGGGAAUGGAGACGGGGUGGUGCUUUGCGGGCGACGUGUUGUUGCUGACGAUUGCGGUUGGGCGGUGUUUUCUCGGACACCAACGCUGCUUUCAUCCCGGGAUGUAUUCAUCGCCAUGCGUAAUUCGUCCAAAUUUCUGCGGGAUUUGCACCAUCAACUCCAAGGCGUUGCAUUGGCAGGGGCGGAAGGACCAAUGAAGGUGGAGGUGACGUUGGCAAAGGCGUUGAGUGGAAAUAACACAAGAGAGUUUCGGGCUUUUCUUCCAUAUCGUCUGCAUACCUCUGCUGGAGAUGGCUGUGUUGAGGCAUGGGCGGGUCACAUGUACGCUGGAAUCAGUCAGCGGGCAACGGAUGUGUGUUUUCCCUCGUUGAUGGCAUGGGACGAGGCGACGCAUGACGAAAACUACGCCAUCGUGAUGCGUCAUAUUGAACUUGCCAAAUUGUUGGAAAGGGCCCUUGAGAACGAUGCGUUGCUGCGGACGGCGCUUUUUCGACAGGCUGACAAGCCAUCUGUUGCUGAUCCCGCACCUAAUAAGAAGUCGUCCGUUGUACUACUGGCAGUGGAUGUGCUGUUUGAGAGCCCAUCGCUGCCUGUGUAUUUGUUGAGCGCCGCGGUGCGAUGCUUCCACCAUGAUGAUGUCAAGGAUCCGGCGUGUGCUUUCCCAUUCAUUUUGGAUGACGACGCGAAAUUAGGGCGUGGCAAUGAUGGUAAUACUACUACUACUACUAAUAUUGUCAAUAAUAACAAUAAUAAUAAUAAUAAUAACAAUAGUAAAGCUGAUGGUUGGAGUGGUGAGAGUGAUGAUGAUGAUGAUGAUCUGCUGAGUGAUUCCGUUAGCUUUUUUCGUCUGUUUCGUGACGCCGCUAAUUGGAACCGUCACGUGGAGGUGUGGCGUCAACGCGGCAGCACGGCAGGUGUCGGAGAACGCUCUGACACCACACGGACGCAAAAGGAACGGCGAUUUUUUGUAGUUGCGUCGGAGCGUGACGAUCUCGCGUUGACCAAGGAGUACAUGGCGAAGCGUGGGCUUCCGUUGGAAUUCUUUCGCCCGGACCUUUUUAAGGGCGAUGGUAACUUUCUGCGCGAGUGGCGAGAAAGACUGAUGCAGAGGAUAUCUAUGGCGGAGCGGUCCCGAGGAGAAUGA